AUGAUUCGUUUGUGUGAAACACCAUUGUGGGAUAAAAAUAUAACUAAAGCAUCAUAUCCAUAUUUAACUGAAUGUUUUCGAAAUACGAUCUUACAAUGGGUACCUAUGGGUAUCUUCUGGUUGGUUUUACCAUUAUGGAUUUAUAUGUUAAUCAGAGAGCGAAUUAAAUCACAACCUAUCCCAAUAUCUGGUCUAUUCAUUACUAAAAUGAUCCUCGCCGUUCAAUUUCUUCUUAUUCAAAUCUUUCGUAUUAUUCACUAUGCAGUAUUAUCAACAGAACAAAAUGGUCAAGCUAUUAUUCUGACUUCAGUUCUGUAUAUAAUCACAGCAUUGACUAUUCUUUGGUUAAUGAAUUAUGAUCGAUUGAAAAGUAUAUAUGCUUCAGGUUUACUUUUUGUUUUUUGGUUAUUAGUAUCUCUUGCUAUUGUACCGGAUAUCAUUGAUUAUUCUAUCAAAGUUCAACAACAAAUUGGAUCAAAGAAAUUAUGGAUAAAAUCUGUUAGUAUUUGGAUUCAUUUUAUUCUUGCAUUAGGAUCAUUUAUUGCUAAUUGUUUUGCUGAAAAAUAUAUUCCCAUUGAAACAGUAUCUGAUAAAAUGCCUAUUGUUCCUGAAUUAUAUGUUAAUUUUUUAUCACGAAUCUUUUGUACAUGGGUAACACCAUUAAUUGUUCGAGGUUAUAAGACGCCACUUACAGAAAAUGAUUGUUGGCAAUUACCAAUCUCAGAACAAACUGUUACAGUUGCUCAUCAAGUACAAAAUUGUAUGAAAGGAAUGAAUAUGCAAACAACAAGUAUGUCAUACGAGAAUAUAUCGACUGCGAAUCAAAUUAAAGAUGAGAAUCGGAAUUUACUCAAUGAUUUGCCAAUGGUUGAUAUAAAGAAACAUGAGAAGAAAACUGUUUUUUGGCGUGCACUUUUCGGUGCAUUUAUUGAUAAGAUUAUUUCCGGUGGUCUCAUAAAAUUUGUUCAUGAUCUAUUUCAAUUAACGGGUCCUUUAGUUUUAAAACUUUUUCUAAAUUUUUUUACUGAUCCAACAAAACCAAAAUGGUUAGGUAUUUUCUAUGCCGUAUUAAUAAGUACAAUGGUCUUUUGUCAAGUCAUAUUUUUACGAGCUUAUUUUCAUUGUCAAUUUCUUGUUGGACUUCGAUUCCGUUCAGCAAUUACUGGACUUGUAUAUCGCAAGAGUUUAAAAUUAUCAAACUCAUCCAGACAUGCAUCAACUACUGGCGAAAUUAUUAAUUUAAUGUCAAUUGAUGCUUCACAUUUUGCUGAUAUUACUACACAACUUCAUAUGUUAUGGUCAGCUCCAUUUCAAAUUCUUGUGAUUCUUGUUUUACUCUAUCAACAAAUGCAAUUAGCAAUAAUACCUGGUGUUGCAUUAUUACUUAUUAUGAUUCCAGUAAAUUUAUUUAUACAGAGAAUUCAAAAACAACUUACGUCUAAACAAAUGACAGUUAAAGAUGAACGAAUUAAAAUGAUGAAUGAAAUACUUAAUGGAAUUCGAGUUUUAAAAUUAUAUGGAUGGGAACCGGCAUUUAUACGUUUAAUUUCUCGUAUUCGACAAAACGAACUUGGAUAUAUACGUCAACAAGCUAUUAUUGGUGCUAUUUCAAGUAUUCUUUGGACAUUUACACCAAUUCUAGUCAGCAUAACUACAUUCGCUACAUAUGUUCUUUUAUCGGAUUCGAAUAUUUUAACUGCUGAGAAAGCAUUCGUAUCAUUAGCAUUAUUCAAUCUACUCCGUGGUCCACUUGUUUCAUUUCCAAAUAUGAUCAAUAGUGUUGCUCAAGCCGGUGUAUCAAGUGAACGAAUUGGAAAGUUUCUAACCAAUGAUGAAGUUGAUAAAUAUGCUGUUGAUAAAAUACCGAUUGAAUUAUCCAAUGGAAAUGCUAUUAAUAUUGAAAAUGGAUCUUUUCGUUGGUCAACUCUUGUUGAUGAUCAUUUAGUUUUAAAAAAUAUAAAUGUACAAAUUCAUCAUGGUUCACUUGUUGCACUUGUUGGUAUGGUAGGAUCUGGUAAGAGUAGUAUAUUAUCAGCACUUCUUGGAGAAAUGAUUAAAGUUGAUGGGCACGUUCGUAUAAGUGGAAACAUUGCUUAUGUUCCUCAGACAGCAUGGAUAUUAAAUGCAACACUUAAAGAAAAUAUUCUAUUUGGAAAAGAUUUUGAUAAGAAACUCUACGAUCAAGUCAUUGAAGCAUGUGCUUUAAAACAAGAUCUUGUUAUGCUUCCGGCAAGAGAUGAAACAGAAAUUGGUGAAAAGGGUAUUAAUUUAUCCGGUGGACAACGACAACGAGUUUCAUUAGCUCGAGCAUUGUAUAGUAAUGCUGAUAUCUAUUUACUUGAUGAUCCGUUAUCGGCUGUUGACGCUCAUGUAGGUGCUCAUAUUUUCAGACAUGUUAUUGGAUCAAAAGGAUUAUUAAAUGGCAAAACAAGAAUUUUAGUUACACAUGGUGUAUCUCAUUUACAUAAAUGUGAUGAUAUUAUUGUUAUUUCCCAAUGUGAAAUUAUUGAUCAUGGUUUAUAUAGUGAUUUAAUAAAACGAAGCAAUAUAUUACGUGAAUUCAUUCAUUCAAGUAAUCUUUCUAAUAAAGAUCAACAUGAAACAAAUGAUGAACGUCGACAAAGUAUUUCAACACCUCCAAUAGAAAUAGUUACUAAUCCACUUGAAAUUAUUGAAAAUAAAGAACCAGAACCGAUUCAAGAAGAAAAGAAAAAACUUAUUCAAAAAGAAACUGUACAAACUGGUUCUGUAACAUUUCGUAUAUUUUGGAUUUAUAUUCGUGCAUGUAAAUUACCAAUGAUUAUAUUAAUCACGAUAUUUUUCUGUUUAACAACAUUCACUACUCUAUGUACAAAUAUUUGGCUUUCGAAAUGGACUGAUAAAUCAACAAGAAAUGAUACAUCAUCCAUAUUGAAUAAUCGAAUUCAUGAUUUAACUAUUUAUUCAAUACUGGGUCUUGCACAAGGUUUUCUUGCAUUUAUUAUGCAAUUAAUUUUAAAACUUGCUGCAUAUAUUGCUGGUCGAAAACUUCAUUGGAUUGUUCUAAUUGGAGUACUCCGUGCACCUAUGUCAUUUUUUGAUACAACACCUAUCGGUCGUAUCAUUAAUCGUUUUGCUAAAGAAAUUGAUUCUGUAGAUACGGCAUUGCCCAAUGCAUUUUCACAAUCACUUACUGUAUUAAUUACUGUUGUUGCAACAUUAGUCAUACUUAUCUAUGGAUCAUGGUUUGCUAUAUUUGUACUCGUACCACUUGCUAUUCUUUUUGCUUAUAUUCAACGUAUGUAUGUGUCAUCAUCUCGACAACUUCGUCGUCUUGAUUCAGUUACACGUAGUUCAAUUUAUGCAAAUUUUGGUGAAACAAUUCAAGGUCUUAGUUCAAUUCGAGCUUAUCAUGUACAACAACGUUUUAUUGAUAUGUCCGAUAAAUUUAUGGAUAGAAAUCAAUCAUGUCAAUUUGCUAGUUCAGUUGCUAAUAGAUGGCUUGGUGUUCGAUUAGAAAUGAUUGCUAGUCUGAUUAUAUUAUUUACAGCAGUGGCUUCUGUAUUUAUACGUGAUCAUUUAACAGCUGGGACUGUUGGUUUAAUGAUUACUUAUGCUUUACAAAUUACAAAUUCACUUAAUUUACUUGUACGUAUGUCAAGUGAAAUUGAAACAAAUAUUGUUAGUGUUGAACGUAUCAAUGAGUAUGCAGAGCUUGAUUCUGAAGCUCCAUGGGAAAUUCUAGAAAAAAAACCAUCACCACAUUGGCCUACCAAUGGAAGUAUUCAAAUUAAAGAUCUAUCAACACGAUAUAGAGAAAAUUUACAAUUAGUACUUAAAAAUAUAACUGUUAAUAUUGAGCAUGGAGACAAGAUUGGAAUCAUCGGUCGAACGGGUAGUGGAAAGAGUAGUUUGUGUUUAGCAUUCUUUCGUAUUAUCGAACCGACUACGGGUACAAUAAUUAUUGAUAAUGUUGAUAUUCGUUCUAUUGGUUUACAUGAUUUACGAUCAAAGAUCACUAUUAUUCCACAAGACGCGAUUAUUUUUGCUGGUACGAUAAGAUUUAAUGUCGAUCCAUUUGGUAAUUAUAGUGAUGCAGAAAUUUGGACUGCAUUACAAUUAGUACAUAUGAAAGAACGUAUAAAUUUGAUGAAAAAUGGUUUAUCCUAUCUUCUGGCAGAAGGUGGUCAAAAUAUGAGUGCUGGUGAGAGACAAUUAUUGUGUUUAGCACGAGCCCUUUUAAGAAAAAGUCAAAUAAUCAUACUCGAUGAAGCAACCGCUGCUAUUGACAUGGAAACAGAUCGUCUUAUUCAACUUACUAUUCGAUCAGCAUUCAAAAAUGCAACUGUAAUUACGAUUGCUCAUCGAUUACAUACAAUUUUAGAUAGUACUAAAAUUCUGGUCUUGUCCGAUGGCUCUGUACAAGAAUAUGAUGAACCGAUACGUUUAGUGGCAAAUCCAAAUUCAGCAUUUACUAAGCUAUUACACGAUGCAAAUAUUCAUCCAUCGGAUAUCACUUCAGCUCUUACGUCUCAACAAUUAAAUACAUUUUCAUAA